AUGCGCUCGAAAAUAUUUGAUGAUGCCGAGCUCGAACGAUUACGACGUGAGGCCAUUCCCUCAUCGAAUGAAUUGGCUAUGGCUGCGGAUGCGGCUCCUCAGGUGAUAGACCAGCAUCCACGCGUGGAGGCCGCCACGGAUCUUCCAGUUAUGGUUGAUUCGGACGAUGAUGAAAUGGUUUCUUACGAACUAGUGCAAAUGAGAAGUAUAUUGGAAGAGGCGAUUUUGGAAACGCGCAGAGACCCUCUAGGGUGUAGGGUCUGUGGUAUUUUGGAAGGGAUUUGCGAGGCGGUGGCAGUUUGCCGUAUUAAUGUCGCCAAACUUCCCAUGGUUGGUCGCGCUACUAAACAAAGUAGUGCCAUCCCAGCCUGGAGAAAAAGAAUUGAGGACCUUAUCGCAAAGGCAAGGGCCCUUAUCAGCCGACUGACAAGCUUCAGGUCGGGUAAUAAUAGACCGAGGGUUGUGCGCACCGUUAGAAUGGCGUUUGCUGGGACAAAUAUCGGUUUGUCCCAGCCGGAUAUCACGCAGAAACUAACGGAGCGCAUAGACGACCUGAAGCUCAGUGCUUGGGGGAAGUGGAUCCGGCGAUUUACCGAGAGGUCAAGGCGAUUCAACCAGAAUCGUCUGUUCCAGAGUGAUCAGAAGAGGCUCUAUAAUCAUUGA